CAACAGUAUUCGAAAUUUAAUUAUAAAUUUCACUGAGUUUAUUUUUUAUUAAGCAUGACGUCUACAGUAAUGAUGACGCCAAAACAGGCCCAUCAAGAAGUAAGCCAUUUUGUUUACAAAAUUUAAUGAUAAUCAUGUGGGGAAAAGUAUUUCCCCAGGAUUUUACAACUAUGGAAGGAUCAUGUCUAUUUAUAAAAAAAUUAAUUGCUGUGUCCUUAUCUUCAAUAACAUAUUUAAGAGGAGUUUUCCCAGAACAAGCAUACGGAGAAAGAAGUCUGUGCGGCAUAAAGCUCAAAAUUUUAACCGAAGACAGUGGAAUCCCUGCAGUAUCAAAAUUUAUUAAUACAAUACGAAGUUGCUAUGAUGCCGUGGAUAAAAAAUAUCUUCAGCAGAUGAGUCUUGGGAUUUGCCCGAAUUCCCAAAAGCGAGAUGAAGUUAUAGAAGCAUAUAACUUGGUGUUCCGUUACAAAGAGGAUGAAUAUUCUAUCACAUGCAAUAACAACAGAAAAAUAUUUUCACCAAAUCUAAGCGAUCCCACAGUAAAGGCCACACUUACAAUGCUACAAAAUUUAUGUCAACUAGAUGAACUCCUCACACCACUCCCUCCACAUGCAAGUCUCAAUAUGAAGCUCCUGUAUUAUGAUGAUAUCACACCACCUGAUUAUGAGCCUGAAGGAUUUGAGCCUAGUUCUACUACUAAAUUCCAGUUUCCAGAAAAGGCAGUAAACAUAUUACUUGGACAAAUUGCUACAGAUUUUCAUAGUUACAAGUUUGUUUUAAAAACUACCAAUGCUAUAAACUACUCAUUAACUCAGCCUACCUCUGAAGAUCCUGUUAUGAUUGGAUCUCAAGAUAGAGCAGAAACAGCUAGAGAUACUACAGAAGAUCAUCAGUCAUCGAAAGAAAUUAUAUCAGAUUCUUGGAAAUCAGAUAAAGAUGGAAAAAUACAGAAAAGUCAAAAGUCUAAGAGAUGCCCAUGUACAUGCACUGAAAGACAUGAUGAUGAUUUCAUUGCAUGCAUAGUUUGCCAAAGCAAACAGCAUAAAAUUUGUUAUGGCAUUUUGAAAAAUGAAGAUAUUCCUGAAAAUUUCUAUUGCAACGAUUGCUUUUAUAAUCAUUCAGAUGGCAUGCCUGAAACCAAUUUAGUAUACAGCUUCAAAGGAAACGAAUUAGAAGAAUUUUGUGCAAUGCGAAGAGCUCUUGUAAUUUGUUCCCAACUGAAAACUCUUACUACAGCUAACUUGGCAAAGCUACUAGGAUGUACUACAGCAUUAACAAAUGCACUGAUCAAUCGUCUUGAGAAAGAAAAAUUUUUAACAAAACGAACAACUAAAAAGAGUGGAUAUAAUGUCGAAAAAGAAUAUAUAUUGAAUGUUGGCAUCCCAGAAUAUUUUCCACUAAGGAAAAAACAAGGAUGUGCAAAUCCUCAGAAUAGACUUUCAAGGAAAAAGGCCAGAAAAGAUGAAAAUGCAAAAAGAAGUCACGAAGAAGAAGAUGAUGAUGAUAUGUGUAUAUCAAACGACAAAAAAAGAAAUAAAAGCAUUGUAGAGGAAGUUGAGGUGUUAAGCAUUCAUAGCUCACCAGAAAUUCUUCAAAGCCAAAAUUCACAAAAAAGAAGUUCAUCUCAGGUAUUUAGCAGUCAAGAAGUCUUUCAAUCUACAAAUAAAAAAAAGCGUGGAUACUUCUAAUAAUUGGGACAUUGACAUUAAAUCUUUAAGCAAAAAAAUAGAAAGAAAUCUCAUUACCAUUUAAUACAAAACAGAUUUGGCUUACAAAUAUUUCAAUGUAUGGAUGAAUUAAAUAUUCAUGAAAUUAUAACCUGGAUUGAUCUUUACUAUUAAACAAGUUCUAUGUGGUAUGC